UCUCCCGGAGUCCCACCUCCCGCACACAUUCUCUCUAGCUCUUGAGUUUGAAUGAUGUUCUCCAGUAGCCAGUUCGACGCCGUAUCUGCCUUUCCCGGCGGCGGAUCCAUGCUCUCUCAGCAAUCUCAGCCGACAGAUUCGCCGUUCUCGUCGGCAAAAAGUCGCGAAACUCAGGGCUUGGUCCCAGUGACAGUGAAGCAAAUAAGUGAAGCUUCUCAGUAUGGCGACGAAAAAUCAAAUUUUGUAAUCAACGGUGUGGACGUUGCAAAUGUCACGGUGGUUGGGAUGGUGUUUGAUAAAGCUGGAAGGAACACGGAUAUUGGUUUCACCAUUGACGAUGGAACAGGACGGAUUGGAUGUAGAAGAUGGAUGAAUGAGAAUUUUGACACAAUAGAAAUGGAGGAAAUACUAGAUGGAAUGUAUGUUCGUGUUAAUGGACACUUGAAAAGCUUUAAGGGCGUUAAGCAAUUAGUUGCUUUCUCUGUCAGGCCUGUAACAAACUUCGAUGAGGUUACCUUCCAUUUUAUUGACUGCAUACAUAACUACUUGCAGUCCAAAUCACAGCUGCAAGGAGUUACCCCAACCCAGAUGCAGCCAGUGGAUACAUCUCUCAGUCCUUCAGUGAAGAGUGCAUCAAGUGGAUAUCAGACAGCCCCAUCUAGUCAAUUCUCUGGUCAAUCCAGCAAUAUUGAUGGGGUCAAGAGCUGUGAUCAAUUGGUCAUUGACUAUUUGCAGCAGCCUGCAAGCAUUGGACAGGAAAAGGGAGUACAUAGGGAUGAACUUUCACGGCAGCUAAAAUUUUCUGUGGAGAAGAUCAUGGAAUCUAUUAGGUCUCUUGAAGAGGAGGGUUUGAUAUACUCCACCAUCGACGAGUUUCACUACAAGUCAACUCAAUGUGGUUGAUACUCUUUGAGGAUUGCUAGGGUUUGGUGUUAGGAGUUAGGGCCAUACAUAAUGAGUGUCCUUUGCUGUUUUAUGUUUCUUAUAUUUGGUUUGAAGAGUGUGUAGAUAGAUAUAUAGUUGGAUGCUUUUUAAUUGAGCAAAGACUAUUAUAUAAUUGCAACCGAAAACUGUAUCAAUGCUAUUUCCUUAAACUAAUGUUGUAAAUUUUUUGGGUUUUCUUCCAAGGAUCAUGCCUUUUUUGGUGAUAGAGAUGCUAUAAUUAUUCGGGAGAACGAUAGAUAAAAAAUGAAAAUUUUUAUUUAUUGUUUUUUCAA